CCGAAAACAAUUUAUAGAGAUGAACUUUCAAGAAACUUGUAUGUUGAUAUUAUUGAUUGCAUCUAACUUUGUAUCAUUGCAAUCUUUGAACACUAAACAAUUUCCUGCAAAUUUCAUGUUUGGAGCGGCAACUGCUGCACAUCAAAUCGAAGGUGGUUGGAAAGAAGAUGGUAAAGGGGAAAACAUAUGGGACAGAAUAGCCCACUCAACCAAUGCAAUUCAUAAUCAUGAGAAUGCUGACAUUGCUUGCGACUCUUAUCACAAAUACAAAGACGAUGUAGCAAUGUUAAAAUAUUUGUCAGUGGACCAUUACAGAUUUUCUAUAGCUUGGUCAAGAAUAUUACCGACGGGUUUCAGUAAUCACGUAAAUGAAGCAGGAGUAAAUUACUACAAAAAAUUAAUCAAAGCACUUCAAAGCAACGGUAUAAAACCGAUGGUAACAAUAUUUCAUUGGGACACCCCACAAACUUUUGAAAAUAUUGGAGGUUGGACAAAUGAAAUGAUAAUCGAUAGAUACGUAGAUUACUCAAGAGUUUUAUUCGAAACGUUUGGUGGUGACGUCAAAUAUUGGUUGACAUUCAAUGAACCUAAACAAAUUUGUCAAGAAGGAUACGGGGCGGGUAUUAAAGCUCCAGGUAUUAUGUCACACGGUUUUGGAGAAUAUUUGUGUGCACACAAUGUUAUAAAAGCACAUGCGAAAGUAUGGCACAUGUACAAUAAAGAAUUUAGAAAUAAGCAACAGGGUCAAGUUGGUAUUACAAUUGACUCAAUGUGGAUGGAACCUGAAACUAAUAGCGAAGUAGAUAUAUUAGCAGCUGAAAGAAAAAUGCAGUUUACGUUUGGAUGGUAUGCAAACCCUAUAAUUAACGGAGAUUAUCCUGCUGUGAUGAAAGAAUUUAUUGGUCGAAGGAGUAUAUUACAAGGGUAUAACAAAUCACGUUUGCCGGCAUUUACCACAGAUGAAAUACGUUAUAUCAAGGGAACUAUUGAUUAUUUAGGUAUAAAUCAAUAUACAGCUAUGCUUGUACGCCAUAUAAAUGAUACAGAUAAAACCGAGAUAUCUUGGGAGGCCGAUUCUGAAACAUUUGAAUAUCAACCGGAUUAUUGGGAAGCAACUGUUUCCGACUGGUUGAAAGUUACUCCUUGGGGAAUGAGGAAACAACUUAACUGGAUCCGAGCUACAUAUGGAGAUAUACCACAAAUAAUUACUGAAAAUGGAUACCCUGACAAUGGAACGGUAUCAUUAGACGAGAGGAGAAUUAAUUAUCUUAAGCAAUACCUAAGUGGGAUUCGAGAUGCGUUGGACGAUGGAGUUAAAAUUAUUGGUUAUACUGUUUGGUCGUUAAUGGACAAUUAUGAAUGGUACAGAGGUUAUUCAGAGAGAUUUGGUUUGUACAGAGUGGAUUUCACUAAUCCCGAAAGAACAAGAACGCCCAAACUCUCAGCAGAAUAUUUUAAAAAUGUAUCGUCAACAAAAUGUAUUGUUUAUGUGUCUGAAUGUAUAGACGAAGUUGUAAAAUAAUCAUACUAUAAUGUUAAUGAGAAUCAAUAUUAGUAGCUUUCAUUCAUUAAUUAUCUAAUGUAUCGUUUAGUAUUAAUUUAUUUAUUUCAAUGUCUCAUUUCGCAUUAUAUCUCCUUUUAAAUCCAAUAAUUAUAAUAAAUACAGAAUUUUCUUUACAGUU